AUGUCUGCACCAGACCGUUCACAGCAGCAACCGCGAACGACGGUUUCCAGUAGCGUUGGCGUCGGUACAACGGCAUUGACCACGACAGCCACUUCUGAUACCUUUUCUCGUGCGGGCUCAUCCUUGACCUCUACCUUGUCUGCCACCACUCUUCCUCGCCGGCAUUCUAUCUAUGGUACUGGUGAAGAUCGUAUCGUUCUCGAUAUAGGCAGCCUGUACAUUAAAUGCGGCUUUAGUGGUGAGGCACGACCAAGACAUAUUGUGCCAGUUCAUGCUGGGAAUAUGAAGUUUCAUUGGAUGUUGGAUUCUUGUGGUAGUGGGGGAUCAGAGAAAGAAUGUAGCGAAGGGUGUAGACUUGUUGGUGGGUUUGCCGAACUAUUUGAUUUGCAAAUCGGAUGUAAGCAAGAGGAUCUGGAUGCUUUGUAUGAUAGGUUAUCCCACUUUUUAAGAGAAGUCUAUUUCAGAUAUUUGUUAACUGAUUCCAAACACCGAAAAGUGGUGCUGUGCGAACCGCCAAUGAUGCCAUUGAAAUUGAAAGAAUUGAUUGCCAAAGUUCUAUUUGAGAAUUUACAAGUUCCAUCAAUAUCCUUUGCUCCAUCGCACAUGCUAGCAUUACUUACGACAGGUUGUACAACUGGAUUAGUAGUCGACUGUGGACAUUUGGAGACGACCGUCAUGCCGACCUUCUCUGCCCGCCCUUUAACCCCAUUUAUCCGAACAACUCCUCUUGCCGGUCGUGCUCUCACAAAACGACUCAAAAAUCUUCUCUGCAUGUCUGCUGAGAUGAUAAUUCCUCCAGCUACUUCAAAAGUUCCCGUCAUUCCAAAAUACUUGACGCAUACCAUAAUCGAAGACAUAAAAACGCGUUUCAUUUUCGUUUCUCCCAUGCAUAUUCCUGCUAACGGAACCAUCGGCGUGGCAGAAAAGACUCCAGAGGAGGAUAUUGAAAAAAAAUACGCAAACGACAGUAAAGUCGAGGAUCUGUAUUAUCCGAUUGCGUUAGGGACGGUAGGAGGAAAGAACCAGAUCGGUACACUUGUGGUGCCAGGGUGGAUUCGUGGACGUGCGGCAGAAGUAUUGUUUGAAGGCGAUGAGGAUGAGUCGAGUGUUGUUGGGUGUUUGUUGGAAAGCCUUUUGAAGACACCAAUUCAUCUUCGUCGUUCUCUGGCAUCUUCUAUCCUCUUAAUUGGCGGUACUACACUACUUCCCAACUUCCAACUCCGUCUUAGUCAAGAAAUACUCCGUGCUCUACGUGUUGAUAGACGGUUUGCGACCAUAUCUGGACUUUCUGAUCAUAUUGGAUUCCUAGAGGAAUCCGGAAGUGGCAAAGUAUUUGUUGCAAAUUGUCGUGCAUGGGUUGGAGGAUCGUUGAUAGGGUCAUUGAAGUCUACGACAGUUGAGCUUACAAGAGAGAAAUUUGACGGGGAAGUUCCUGAUUGGUCUUUGGGCAAUAUUCCCAAAGCAGUAUAA